AAGAGAAAAAGAAGCUCCGCCGGGUGUCAUUGGUCCAUUCAGCAGCGUUUGAAUGAACGGGACGCUAACUGAGCUUAUUAGCAGGAGGAAGCUAACUCCCAUGUCGUUUUAAUGUGUUUUAAACAAUUGAAUAACGAUACUCAGAGCAGCAUAUAAUUUAAUCUGCUGGUGAUGACACGGCGCUUCUGGUCUGACUGACAUUACGGAAAUGAAGUAAACUGAAAUCAACAUCUGUUCGAAGAGGCGGGAGUCAAUCUGAUGAGGGGGAACCUACAGCUGUCAGGAUGCAGCAGAAAAGGAACAUCCAGAUCAUCGAGUGGGAGGACCUGGACAAAAGGAAGUUCUACUCCUUUGGGGUGUUCAUGACGAUGACCAUCCGGGCCACCGUCUACCCAGCCACACUCAUCCGCACUCGUCUGCAGGUGCAGAGGGGCAAAUCACUCUACAGCGGCACCUUUGACGCCUUCUUCAAGAUCCUGCAGUCGGAGGGUGUUCGAGGCCUUUAUCGUGGCUUCAUGGUGAACACCUUCACACUCAUCUCAGGCCAGGCUUACAUAACCACCUAUGAGCUGGUGAGGAAGUACGUCGCCCAGUACUCUGAGGACAACACAGUUAAGUCACUGGUGGCGGGCGGCUCGGCCUCCCUGGUCGCUCAGAGCAUCACUGUUCCGAUAGAUGUGGUCUCUCAGCAGCUGAUGAUGCAGGGCCAAGGGGAGCACCUCAGCCGCUUUCGACUCAACUCAACAGAGGCUGGAAAGUCAAAAAAAGUGUUUGGCCAAACCAGGAACAUUAUGGUGCAGAUCUUUGCUGCUGAUGGUUUGCGGGGCUUCUACAGGGGAUACGUGGCUUCUUUACUCACCUACAUCCCGAACAGUGCUGUCUGGUGGCCUUUUUAUCACUUCUAUGCUGAGCAACUCUCCAAACUGGCUCCCAGUGACUGCCCUCAUCUGGUCCUACAAGCCAUGGCCGGACCUCUAGCUGCUGCUACGGCCUCAACUGUCACCAACCCGAUGGAUGUGGUCAGAGCCAGAGUUCAGGUUGAAGGGAGGACCUCGGUCAUCGAGACGUUCAGGCAGCUGAUCAGAGAGGAGGGCUGUUGGGGAUUGACCAAAGGACUGUCGGCACGCAUCAUCUCAUCCACUCCCACUGCCAUCGUCAUGGUGGUCGGCUAUGAGACGCUAAAAAAACUGAGUUUGCGACCGGAGCUGGUGGACUCGAGACACUGGUAGAAGAUACUGGGACAGAACAUAUUUGGACCACGUGCCAUUUUAGCCCUGGAUGUUGACUUCCUGUGAAGACACUGGAUGAAGGAAACACUUAAUGACAGCCUGGGGGACAAAAUGGAGUCAACAGCUGUGUGUAACACUGUUAAACAUGUACGUAUGUGUCCAUGCCAACAUACUGUUGCAGAUACCUAAUACCUAAAGAAUAGAUCUACAUUCAAUUUGAUUGUGUUGCUGCUGAACAGGGUUGUCCUUUUUAGUGCAUUUGGAAGUAGUUUAAUUUCUGGAAGACGAUCUUAAAGGAUUAAUUUCAUCAGCGUCUCUGCUGUGGAGAAAAGCAGAAUUGAUUGUCUGUAAAUACCCAACAGUUGAUAACCAGCCACAUGGUUACCAUAGUGACUGUAGUUGUGCCGGGCCCCCAUUAAAACUAGGCUUUGGUCAGGGUUUGGAGAACGGCAGUUAAACUCAUGAUGACGCAUUCACAUCAGCAGUAAUCACAUUUCUCACAAGUGUUUAUUUCCUCUCGCUCACUAAGCAGGCGCCUCUGUCCGUUGUGCAGUUGCUUUUUCUUGGCCUUUUUUAAUUUGCUGCCUUCAUGGAGAGAUCAAGACAAACAAUCAGCUGUUUGUUGUAGAGGCUGAAUGUGCGUGAGAAGAACAGUAGCUUUUAGAAUCUGUGUUGUGUUUAAUUUAAUUUACGGUUGUAGUGUAGCUGCUCAGUCAAAAUAAAUGAGGUUCCUCUAAAAACAGAAGACAUGCAGUACAGUAUUUUAUCACAUUUCUGGAACAUACUAUGAAGAUGUUUUUAAAUGGCUGAUUUUCUGAUAUGGCAGAUUUUGGUAUCAGAAGUGUUUGAGUGGACGUCAUUGGCUGAAUUGAAUCUCAGAACCCGCCAGUAGUCUAUAGUCUGAUAUUGUUUGGGUUUAUAUCCAAUGUAACCUUGUUCACAUGCAGAUAACUUUAUAGAAACAAGCCAAAAGGUUGUCUGGACCUUUUGGAAGUUGUAAUCAGACUACAAUCAGUGACCUGUUCAUGGAAGAGUAAGUCUCGUCCGGAUAUCCAUUAACUGGAUCUCCACAGGCUACAUCGAAUUAAAAAUGGUGAUAUAUGGUGGUUAGAUUAAAGGCAAUGUGAUGGUGUAAUGGCAGCCAUGAUGUGGAGCAAAGGGACAGUGUUUCUGUUGAUCUGCUUCAGAGAGGCUGAAGGACACUGACAGAGAUGCUUCUUCCCUGUUGAGAAAGUAAAUGUUGGAGUGCAAUAAUGUAAAUGUUUGAUCAUUUGUGAUUGUAUAUUUGUUGUUAAUUGUUUGAAUAACAUGUCUUAAAGAAAUAUGUUGUACCUAACUUAUUGUCUUGACGUUGUUUUGGGUUUAUGACCACAGAAGUGUCCGGACUUCAAACUUUCAUAAUAUGUUGAGUUUUUCCUCCACAUGUUCGCACCGACUGUUUUUUGUUUUUGUAACUUGGCUUUCAGGUGAAGGUGAAUCUUUUCUGAAUAACAUGAAAACCAGAUGUUGAUGAUUAACAUAUGGUUUGUAGAGCUGAUCACAUGUUGUGACUACAGAUUUUUUCAUCAGAGAGUAAGGAGAGUGUGACUGAAUGAAGCCAUAAAGUCAGAUCAUGUUUUAUAAGCUUGUAUUUAAACAUGCUCAGGCUCUGACAGAUACUAGGUGACCUCUAGAACACUUUGUAGAAUCACUUGCAGUUUUAAGUUUUCCUGCAGUAACACACUUGUUCGUCCUCUUCAUCGUUAAAAAGGCAUUUUCACUAAAACCCUUCAUCAGUGAGAACAUCUGUAAUAAGGUUGACUGCAGUCUGGAAUUUUUUAAAAUUUUCCUUCCAGUAACAAAGUGUGAUCAUGUUGUUGGAGAGCCACAGAGUUGACUCUCCUGUUGUCCAUCUGAUCGACAGUCAUGUGUAGUGUCUGUGGUUUCACAUCGUGUCGUCUCAGUGAGUCCUGGUUCAUCUGUUCAGUCAAUAAAACAUCACUGCUGCAUGAA